GUCACGGGUGAGGGGCCAGGGUGGCUUGCCUCAGAGCAAGGGUGGUAGUCAGGCCGAGGGGAGCCGGCUCUGUCCAGCUGCCACUGACCAGACCCCUGGACCCCUCUGGAUGGCAAAGGAAACCUUCCCCUUCACCUCCUCCACGCUGCGUUCUCUCCGCCUACAACGGGAGUGGCUGGAGUGGGAGGACCGGCGCCAGGCAGCAGCCCAGCAGUGCCGGAGCCAAAGGUGCCCCCCAAGUUCCCGGACACGACUCACUAGGCCGCGCCGCUCCUGCCGAGACCCAGUGGUCCACAAUACCCUGUUCUCUGGUGACCUGCAACAGAUCCAAGCCCUGUUCCAAGAUGAAGAUACGGCCAACAUGAUAGUGGAGACUGUGAGCAACCAGCUGGCCUGGUCAGCUGAACAGGGGUUCUGGGUAUUGACCCCCAAGACCAAGCAGACGGUGCCCCUCACCAUCACUGCAGCCCGAGGCUACACCGACUGUGCCCGCCACCUCAUCCGGCAGGGAGCUGAGCUGGACUCCAGGGUUGGGGGCCGAGCGGCCUUGCACGAGGCCUGUGCCCGGGCCCAGUCCGACUCUGUGCAGCUGCUGCUGACCUUCGGUGCCAAGGCCAAUGUGUUGUCUGAGGAAGGCAUGACCCCCUUGCACCUCUGCACAACCCCUAAAUCCUUACAGUGCGCCAAGCUGCUGCUGGAGGCGGGAGCAACCGUGAACUUGGCUGCGCAGGACAGUGAGGUGACUCCCCUGCAUGUGGCGGCGGCACGUGGCUUGGAGAAGCACGUGGCUCUCUACCUGGAGCACGGAGCCAACAUAGGCCUGCGUACCAGCCAGGGUGAGACAGCCCUGAACUCGGCGUGCGCGGGGGCUGAGGGCCCAGGCAGUGGCCAGCAGCACCAGGCUGCAGCGCGCCGGCUCCUGGAGGCUGGGGCUGAUGCCCGUGCUGCUGGGCGCAAGCGCCACACACCGCUGCAUAACGCCUGUGCAAACGGCUGCGGGGCCCUGGCCGAGCUGCUGCUACGCCACGGGGCCUGCGCUGGAGUCCCCAAUGCAGCGGGCCACACACCCAUGGACUGUGCGCUGCAGGCUGUCCAGGAUGUUCCCAACUGGGAGCCUGAGGUCCUCUUCACGGCGCUGCUGGACUACGGAGCCCAGCCUGUACACCCUGAGAUGCUGAAACACUGUGCCAACUUCCCUCGGGCCCUGGAAGUCCUACUUAAUGCCUACCCUUGUGUCCCAUCCUGUGAUACCUGGGUCGACUCGGUGCUCCCAGAGCUGUGGCAGGAGCAUGAAGCCUUCUACAGCUCUGCCCUGGGCAUGGUGAACCAGCCGAGGAGGCUGCAGCACCUGGCCCGACUGGCUGUGCGUGCUCAGUUGGGUAGCCGCUGCCGACAAGCCGCGGCCGGCCUCCCACUGCCUCCGCUCCUCAGGGACUACCUGCUGCUACGUGUGGAGGGGCGCAUCCAGUGAGCACCAUGCCUGGCUGCUCCCACAGCUUGUCUUGCUUUCUCCAUCUGUUGUCCCCCCCCCCAACCCUAGAGGGCCAAUUCCUGGCCCUCUGUCCAUACUCCACAUACCCUACUGGGCUAGCUCACCCCUCCACUGGUUUCUUGAGCCAACUGCUGACUUCCAACCUGUCCUGAGCUUCAGCUCCUCUCUCCGACGCGAAGGUCUGCAGACGCAGCCUUCGCCCACAUCCUCUUCUUUGCUUAAGUGGAUGCUGGCCCCUCUGUCUACCCAGGCCCCACACCAGGAGGUAAUGAUCCUUGUUGCCCCCCAUCCCCUGCCACCAAUGUACCUGUUCAGCUCCCAAAGAGUGACAGACUCUGCCUCUAGCUGAACUGCCUCUGCUCAACCUGUCAUUGUCACUUGAAGGGAGGACCUCAUUGACUGGUCUUGCUUCCCUUUGCUUCUAGGUGUUUGCAUGUGCUGUUCCCCAACCUUACCCUUCCCACAUUUUUUUGCCCUGGUCAAAGCUGAUUUGAUCCUCAAGACCGCUCAAUAGCACUAUUUGACCAACCUAGCAGGUAGCCUUCCUUGGUAUCAUACUUAUUUAAUUAAGAGCCUGUGUCUGCCUCAACUGUAUUCCUUGAACAGGCAUUUCAGUAAAUGGGUCUUGAGGGAGGAAUAAAUGCAUGAUGCCUGGGACCCAUUUAUGGUUGUGUUCUUCCCCCCCCACCCAAGUGAUGCAUGGUGUCUUAAACAGUGGUCACCACACUCAUGAUCUCUGAGGGACGACCAGCCACCAACUGUCCUCCCUCUCUCUCUCACUUCUUUUGGUCCCAAAGUCGAAUGUACCACCAUUCAUCUUUAAGAGGAAGCUUUUUAAACCAAGCCACUUUUUAUGAACGCAAAUAAAUGAUUUGUGCACAGAA